AUGUCCGCCGAGUUGGUCCAAUCCUAUAACGAGCAAGUCCUCAGCCGAGAACCCCACGAACUUGUCCAUUCCAGUCCCCGGACCGAGUAUAAGGAGGUCGGAUACACCGUGGCCGAAGAAGUGAAUGAUGAUAAAUCGGUGGAAGAUGAGCAACAACAGGCCUACCGAUCUCGAAACACCUCCACGAGUUCUUCAGGGCAAAACUCUGAAGUCGAACAUCAGGAUUCUCGCGGAUACCAACAACAGAAUCAAGGCGAGGAGCCCCAAGAAGCAGAGUUGCAUCAUCAAGAGCUCAAGGAAGAACCGCUUCAAAAAUCGGAUGAAACGGUUGAAGAUGAGGAGGAAGAAGAACAGGUAAUCGAAAUAAUAAAGGAAGUCAAAAUCGAAGUGACAGAGUCCAAAGAAGACCGUAAACCAGCUGCUCCAAUUCAAAGGAACACCGAUACCAGGGUAAGAAACAUAGAUUAUUCUUUAACAGAUACUUGUAGCCUAUUCCGAAGCCAUUGGCUCAACGGGAGAUCACUUCCGCCCCGAUGGCUGACUCAGUGAAAUCAUUGGAAAAAGAUGAGAAUGAUUGGGCGAGAAAAAAUCAGGGAAGGGGCAAGAUCAACGCCCUUAUUGCUCGUUUCAACAACGGAUCUGUUCUCAACGAAAAUAACGACAACGUAGCCCAGUACAAGUCAGGUCAGUGACUACUCUACUAUCGUCCAGCUUAACGUCCGACAACUUAUACAUUAAUGUUUUCAGAUUACGGAGUUGGAAAAGGGAAGGGACAACUCAGGCAGGAUGUCUUCCACUGA